CGAGCGGCAGCGACCCAGCUGACGGUACUCUCUACUUGGAUGAACUUAUUGCGACGAACCCGUCCGGAUCAGAGAGGCUGACUGCGGAGAAAAGGCCAUUCUGAAGCGAAUGAAGAAACAACUCAUCUUUCACUUCACAUACAGAGGACUUCUAACGAGAGGAAAAAAGAGAAGAAAAUGGAGUAUAAGUUACGAAAAGCUGAACCCAGAGACGUGUCUGAUAUAUUGCGACUGGUGAAGGAGCUUGCAAAGUACGAAGAGAUGGAGGAACAGGUGAUGGUGACUGAACAAGACCUCCUGGAGGAUGGAUUUGGUGACACCCCGUUCUACCAAUGCUUUGUAGCUGAAAUCCAAGGAGAAGAGAACCACAGUGAGGAUCCGAAGGCGGUGGUGGGCUUCGUCAUGUACUACUUCACCUACGACCCGUGGGUUGGGAAGCAGCUCUACUUGGAGGAGUUCUACGUGAUGGGGGAGUACAGAGGGCUCGGCAUCGGUACGGACUUCCUGCGUCACCUCAGUGAUCUCGCCAUGAAGACGCGCUGCACCGGCAUGAUGUUCGUGGUGGCGGAGAACAACCAGCCGUCGGUCCAGUACUACAAGCGGCGCGGCGCCGAGGACCUCUCGCAGGAGGAGGGCUGGAGGCUCUUCAGGUUCGACAAGAGCAGCCUGGCGAAGAUGGGCACGCCGGCCGAGGAGUGAGGAGGAGGAGAGUCUGACCCUUGACCCGGAGCUCGGCUGCUUUUUCUGACGAGUCAAGUGAUUGAAUCUGAUGUCGCCGCCGCCGCGUUCCCAGAGGACGGGGCGGCGGCGUGCAGCAGCCGGCUCCGGCAACGGUCCGCCUCUCUGGCUCCAAUCAGACGAGUAGAUGUUCAGCAUUUUAUCUUUAAACAAAAGGGGAAUUUAUCGUUCUGUAGUUCGUAAUCUUAGUUUGUGUUUGUGGUAAUAUAUCUGGAGCGUGUGAUUCAUUUUUUUAAAGUUUUGAUUCGUUUGACGUUCAGGAAGAUUUUCCAAUAAAACCGUAACUUCUCACGA